AUGAUGGAAUACGCGCAAUACCAGCAACCACCACAGUCGGCGCAUUCUGGUUACACAAAUUCUGGUGCUGGGAACAAUAUCACGUCCCCAACGAGUCACAACAUACAUCAACACGGCGUUCAGACUUCGCCAAUCCUACCGUCGCAACACCAAACCUCAACACCGGGACAAGGACACAACAUGUACCAAACUCAGUAUGGCGUGCCCCAGCAGGGGAUGCACUACGGGGUGCCCCAGAUUCAAGCGGCUGCCAUGGCCGCGACCGCUGCCGCUGCCGGUGGGACGGGUUAUUCAUCAUACAUGCCAUCGGACCCCAGCCUCCCUCAAAAUUCACCUAGGAUGACGUCCGGGGGGAAGAAGGAUUCGCGCGACCCUCGAUCACCUCAGCAGCUGAAUAAUGUGAAUCAACUCCCUGGACGACGUAUGAGCCAGGUUACGAGCCCUGGUGUACCGAGCGCACCGAUGAUGAACCAUACCGCCGGCCGCUCCGCCGUUGCCCCUCCCCCAAUGCCGCCAACACAAUCCAUGCCUCCGCCUCAGUCGCCCGAGAUAGCUGCGGGCGCAGAGGAAUCACCGUUAUAUGUCAAUGCGAAGCAAUUCCACCGAAUCCUCAAGAGAAGGGUCGCCCGACAACGCUUAGAAGAAGCAUUGCGUUUAACGAGUAAGGGUAGAAAGCCUUACCUUCACGAGUCUCGGCAUAAUCAUGCGAUGCGACGACCUCGAGGUCCCGGUGGGCGGUUCUUAACUGCAGAAGAGGUAGCCGAGAUCGAGAGGAAUAAAAGCUCAGGGGAGGAUAAGGAUAACGGCGCGACUGAGGCAGCACCUGUUAAGACCGGCUCUAAGAGGAAGUCGGACUCUAAUUCCGCUGCCCCGAACAAGAAAGCCAAGACGCAACCGGAGACGCCCGACGAUGAUGACGAUGAUGCCGAAGACGAUAGCUGA